AUGGUCUGUUUGCUUAGCAACAGUACUUGCAAGAAACAAAGGAGAUGGUGCAAGCUGAAAAGCUGUGCUUCCCUAAUCACAUUUGUCUCUGAAAGAUGGUUGAUGAAGAUGAACUGUAAAAAGUGAAAUUUAAUCACUGCAAAGUGCAUUUUAUUACAUUUCUGUGAAGAAGAUUAGCAGAAGAUAUUUUACAUUUCUCAAGGCAGCUUUCUAAUGGGGUGUUGCUGAAAUGAUGGAGCCAACGGCAGUGGGGACUCUGGAUCUGCUGAGGAAUUGCUUGGUAUGCAAACGGGACCUGGGCAAGAGAGACCCCAGAAUGCUCCCUUGCCUCCAUUCCUUCUGUAAGGACUGUCUUCCAGAUCUGAUUCAAGGAUAUAGCUGUAUUCCCACUGGAUAUGAAGUUCUAUAUGAAGGUAUCCUUUCCUGCCCUGUGUGUAAACAGACCUGCUUUGCAAGAGAUGUAGUUGAAAAUUUCUUUCUCAAGGACUUUCACACUGAUAAUUCAGCUAUGGCAAAGAGCUGCUCCAUGUGUAAAGAGAAGAGACCUGCUCACAGUCUCUGCACAAGCUGCAAUAAGUGGUUGUGCAGCACAUGUACAGAGGAACACAGACAUGGCAAUGAAACUGGAGACCGCUUCCUGUCUGUAUCCCUGAAGGGCUGCACAGCAACUGAAGAUGAGGCAAGUGAAUUUUCCUUGUUUUGUCCAAUUCAUGCUCAAGAGCCACUCAAGUUGUUCUGUGAGACCUGUGAUAUCCUUACCUGCCACAGCUGCCUUCUGACAGAGCAUAAGGAACACAGGUUCAGACAUCUUGAUGAAGCUUUGCAAAAUCAGAGAGCUAUCCUGAAAAAUGUCGUAGCUAAAGUGGAAGAGAAAAAAAAUGGAAUUCAGGUUUCAGCUAAACAGAUUGAAGACAGGUUGCUUGAAGUAAAACACUUGUACAAAAAAGUAGAAAACCAAAUCAAAAUGGCGAAGAUGGUUUUGAUAAAUGAAAUCAAUAAACGAACAAACAUCCUUCUUGAACAACUUGAAAAAAUCACAAGUGAAAGGAAGCGGAAAUUGGAGCAGCAACUGCAGGGUGUUGUGGUUUUAAGCAGACAGGUUGAACAUCUGCAGAACUUCAUCAGUUGGGCAGUGUGCAGUAAAAACAGCAUCCCAUUUCUCUUCAGUAAAGAACUGAUUGUAUUUCAGAUCCAGCGCUUGUUAGAGACAAAUUGUAACACAGACAUAGGCCCUCCACUGAAGAUCAGAUUUACUUGGGAUCCAUCCUACUGGACUAAACAGCUGUCCAAUUUUGGAGGUUUCACUAUGGAAGGUGGACACAUUUCUCAUUCAGAUGUGCUACUCUAUGGAAAUGUGCAAGGAUUACAGACAUCCUUGUAUCAUGGACACUAUUCCCCAGCAUCACAGCUGGAGCCUGUGAAUAGCCAGCCACAUCAGUUUCCACCUGCAGUUCAGUGUCCUAUGCCUGUGUGUUGCUCACACUGCCUCAGUGUACCUCACCCAAACAAAGCUCAGCCUUCUCACCAAAACAUAAACCGCCAUCAAAAUUUUCAACAACAUCCCGAACUGCAUCAGCAGCAGUUUCCUCUGCAGUACAGCAUGCAGCAACGUGACAAAGAGCAAAGGGAUGUUUCCCCGCCUCUGAAGUUAACGCAGGCUGGGCUGGAGCAACAGUCACGAUCAGAGUCAGAGAAUACAUCAGGGAAGAUGGGAAAGCAUUUACCACCCCAGCAGCUGCAGCAGACUGCACCUCUGGGUUAUGCUGUUGUAUCACAUGAGGCUCAGCAAGUUCACACAAGCCAUCCACAGUCAUUCCGCACACAGACUGCUUUGCAAACAUCAACUGUGCAAGUGCAGCUUGGCCAUCUUCAGAAGAUAAAGUCUAACCACUUGCAGCAGCCACCACAGCAGCAGCAGCUGCCCCCAGCAUCGCCACUGUCAGGUCAGAAUGAGAACACCCACAAACAAGUCAUCCAGCAGAGCUUGGACAUAAUGCACCACCAGUUUGAACUGGAGGAGAUGAAAAAGGAUCUGGAGCUUCUUCUCCAGGCCCAAGGACAGUCCAGCUUGCAGCUGAACCAAACCAAGCCAGCUCAGCAUGUUCAACAGACCAUAGUUGGUCAGAUCAAUUACAUAGUGAGGCAGCCAGCCCCGGUUCAGCAGCAUAUCCAAGAUGAAUCUCUAGUCUGUGAGAGUUCCACUGAACUUGAUGUCCAGAAGCCUGUAGUUCCUCUUGACAGAAGUGAUAUUCCCUCCCUGUCACAGUCAUUAGAUGAAGAAGCCAGGGUCAGCAGUCACUCCCCUGAAUCAACAUUGCAACAAUCAGCUUACAACCCAGUGAGAAAGCGUUCAGCAUCGUUAAGCAUUGUGGGCUUUUCAAACGAUUUAGAAAUGGAACUACCUUCAACAAGGUUAUCUAGGUCAGCUGAUCCACAGAUACAAGGUGUGGCCGCUGUAGCACUUGGUUCAUCCCCGAACACCCGUUGUGACUGUGAUACUCCACCAGAACCAGUACCCAGCUACAGCUUAGUACUGGGCAGAGCUCCAGGUGACCUGAGCCCUGGCCUUGCACCAGGUGAUGUACUCCAGAGCAGUGCUAAGUGCAAGCUGGAAAAUGAAGACUUGAAUACUGUGGAUCAUCCUCUAGAAAACAGCAUGGCCUCUGAUGGGCAAGAUGUAGUAAAUGAAUUAAGUCUUUCUAUGCAAAAAGUGCUGGAAGAACCUAUUAAUCUUUCGGUCAAAAAAUCUCAGUGUUGUACUUCUCCUUCUGAAGUGCUCAGCAACAAUUCUUCCCUGCCUGCGAAUGACAGAAUGAGACAACUUAGAAAUGAAGAAGAUUCCAGUAACUGCGAAAAGGAACAUUUAGAAAUGGAUAUGAAAAGCAAUCAGGAUGUCAGUAGAUCUGGCCCUAGAGAGCUGAAGAUCCCUUAUGUGAGACUGGAACGUCUGAAGAUACAUGCAUCAGAAUCCGGGGAGCUCCCAGUUUUUAAGCUCCAGCCACAGGAGAGUGAGCAGGAGGGCAGUUUCCUCCUGAUAAUUGAAUGUGGGACCCAGUCUUCAAGUAUGGCUAUAAGAAUAAAUAAAGAUAGUCCACCUGAAGGACUGAAAUGCAAAGAGGAGAACACGGAAGACAGAAAAUUUAUUAUAACCCAGGCUGCAGGACAGAUACAAUCUCCUCCUGUAGGUACUCCACCUUCUGAUCAGAAGCUCAGUAAUGGUACCUCUAUCACGAUGAAAAAAUCUCCAGUCAGUCAGGAAGUCAAUACAAUUGAGAAUGAAGAUUUCUGUGCUGUGUGUCUUAAUGGAGGAGAACUGUUGUGUUGUGAUCACUGCCCCAAGGUCUUCCAUCUCUCCUGCCAUGUUCCAGCCCUGCUCAGCUUUCCAGUGGGCGAAUGGGUGUGUACACUUUGCCGUAAUCCAGUGAAGCCAGAGGUAGAAUAUGACUGUGAAAACACACGCUACGGCCAGGGUUACAAUGCACAGCAUGGCCUUGAUGAUUAUGAUCAGAAGAAGUGUGAAAAGCUGGUGCUUUCCCUGUUCUGCAGUAGUCUGAGCCUCCCAUUCCAUGAACCCGUCAGCCCUCUGGCUCGACAUUAUUAUCAGAUCAUAAAAAGGCCAAUGGAUUUGUCAAUCAUACGAAAAAAGCUGCAAAAAAAGGACAAGUUCCACUAUUCUGCACCUGAGGAACUUGUGACUGAUGUGCGUCUCAUGUUUUGGAACUGUGCAAAGUUCAAUUAUCCAGAUUCAGAGGUUGCUGAGGCUGGACGAUGCUUAGAUGUAUUCUUUGAGAGCAAACUGAAGGAGAUCUAUCCAGAUAGGCACUUUCCUUCAAUGCAACAGGAUGACUCUGAUUCUGAAGAGGAGGAGAGCCAGAAUAGCAAAAUGCCCCCCCAAGAUUUUCAGUGGCCAUCGUAUGGACAGGAGUGCAUUCAGCCUAAAAAAAGACGGCGCCAUGCUGUAAGAUUGCAAAAACAAAAGCAUUUGGUUGCUAAGUGGCCACCCUGCUAAUUCUGUUUACAGCUACUGAUGGGAAGUUUUGACAGUGCUGUGUGGGAAAACUGUCAAGCUUCUAUCGCAGAGAUGUGAUCAAUUCUACAGUUUUAUGUCAAGAUCCUCUCAGUGGAAUAAAGUGUCAGUUGUGUAUAAACGUGUGAGAGUGAACAAGUGAAGUCUCUCAGGCCACACAGUUAUCUUCCUAGCAGAAAACUGUCUUUUUUCUUUUUUUUAAGACUAGGCUCUCUAGCUAUUCAUUGUUUGUUUCCUUUGUACACAGGAAAGUGAAAAAAACUAAAACAAUGAUGUUUCAGCCAGCUAACAGCCUUCCUCAGGUAUGACCUCCUGAAGAUACCGGAUUUACUAUGAGGAAUCCAGCAGAAUAACUGACAGAGUUAAGGUGUGUGGGAGGAAAGCAAAGCACUCGGGCUGUUAAUUGAAACUCCUAAUCUGCUGACCAUAUGCCUUAUUUCUACAUCUUGUGGAUAGAUAACAGAUCAAAUGUGUUUCAAUCUGUCAAUAUUCCAUCUGUUAAAUCAUGUAUGUGUUUUGCAGUGUUUACACUGAAGUACUACAGUUUUGGUGAUAGGCAAUCAUGAUUAAUAAUAAAAGUAACAUGCUAAUAAUAUUUAACUUUGCAGUACCUUUUUAUAAUCUGUUCAACAUAGCAUCUCUAUUUUAUAGAACACAGGUAACCAUGUAAAAAUCUUAUAAUGACAGUGAAUUUUGGCCAUGCUUUGUGAUAAAUACAAUGUGUGGUCAUAAGACAUAAUCCUGUUGUCUUAUUCGAUGAUUUUUCUAGGAGCUUGACUCCUCGAAGCCUACGGGAUACAGUCUAAUGUGAUUAUCUGAUUAGCUGCUUCUUUUGAAGCAGAGCAUUUUCAUUAAAUCACUAAAAAGCUAGUACUAAAAGUGCUAAUAUUAAGGCUCAUUGUGAGCUGUUUCUGAGUGCAUACUGGAUGCUGGGUUUGCAAGGAAUGAUUCUUCUGGUAUCUAAUUCGUGCUCUGUAAAGCAGGGUGGGAUUCCUUGGGUCCCAAAGGCAACAUUUUUAUACAACCCAAGCGAGUUGGUUUUCUUUAAAGCAGAUAUUGGACUAGAUAUAUGAACUAGUCCAAUAGUUAACUAUGAAGCAACUAGGUAAUUAAGAAGCAAUUUACAUGGUUAUAGAAGUGCCUAUAAAAUAAUAUAAUAUAUUCCAGAUUUUCUCGUAUUUCUGCUUAUUUCUUGUAGUUGUGAUUACUAGCAGUGCUAAAAGAUAAUGAUAAUGUGUGUAUGUAGAAGUUGAUACAGGAUGAAAGGAUGUCUAAGCUUUCAUUUUCCUAAGUUCCAUGAUGUAUUGGCAAAACAACACCAACGGCUGAAAGAGCAACUUUGGAGUUCACUUGAGCAAAGGGUAGCAUGUAAUUUUAAAGCCUGAACGGUGGGAUAGGUAACAAGACAUGACACCUGAUCAAAGUGAUGGUUUGCAAGCUGCUUUCUACAUCUUCCAGAAGAAGGUGAGCCAGAUCCUCACACGGCUGAUGCUUUCUUCCCAUGUAUGUGAGGGGCAUCUUCCUUGUUAGAGCUCUGCCCAGUGGCGUAAAGCUGGGCUGUUUUCUGGCUUUGAGAGAGAAGAGUUGUUGAAGAUCUCAUACCCAAUUAAAAUUCAUUUUAAUUGGCUUCCUGUAAAUAAAGAUGAUAUUUUCAGCAUAGUUUAUAUGGGCUAUUUGGUCUGGUAACCAUGUAUGUUAUUUUAGAUAACACUUUAAAGUUUAUAUAUGAAACAAUAAGAUGUGAAUGUUAUAUUCUAUCUCUGUGACUUAGUUUGCCAUUAACUUGGUAGUGAGUUGACGUUUUCUUUUGUUUGAAAAAAUAAAAUUCUGGAUAUUAUAAGAUGACUGGAAAACUGUGAGACCAAGGGACACUAUAUUUUCUGUAUGUUAAUUUCUGUGUUUGCUUUCUGUCAAACUCAUAUUCUCAAAACAGUAGGUAUCUUGGCACAAGGAAAUGAGUGCAGGUUUGUAACUGAAGUAAUCAUGCUUAUCUCUGCUACAGGUGUCAACUUCUUUCAGUUGGCAAUUAAUUCCCCCACCAAAGACCUAUCUUUUAGCAUUAAUAUUACAAAAAUGAUAUGCUGCAUAGACUUCAGCUAGGGGCAAAGGUAGAAAUAGAAAAGACUAAUCACUUGUUCUUCUUUUCCUGGAAAGUAGAGACAAGAACCUACUUCUGUUUCAUAAAGGCUGUAAGUUUGUUAACUGUACCAUUAGUUUUGGAGAAUGCCUGUUUUAAUCAAAUGUAUCAAGGAUAUAUCAUCUCUUUAUUAAAAAUAGAAGCAUAACAGUUUAUCACCAUAUAUAAGAUAUUCUUCGGGUAAGUUCUGGCAGGACACUAUGGCCUGAGCACUCUUAAGGGUAACUUGUUUUUUGUGAUUACUUCUCUAAGACAUAGCAACAGUUUUAAAAAUAUUCAUAGUCUUUAUGUCGUGCUGGUAAGCAAAAUAAAAAUUGAAUUCAUAUGUAUGACUUCACCUACUUUCAAACCCAAGUCUGUGGGUAAGCAACUUCAGAAAGCACUGCAUGUUGUAAGCAUAACGUUAUCCAUUUCAGAGGUUGCCUUGAAAUUGCUGGCUUGAUAUGUUCCUGCUGCUAGGCACCAUACCACCAGGGCAUAUAAAUUCUUAGACGGUUGAAGUCCAGUUACACACUGGUACUGGCACUAAGAGGUAUGAAAGGAAGGAUCUCCCUUCUAAAAUCAGACAGCCCGCGCAGCCCAAAC